AUCAAACGGGUUCAAAAGAUCAUGGCAAGACUUCCAUGUUACAGGAAGAAUAAAGUCGUGUAGUUUGUUAUCAAGCACCCGUUUCUUGUCAAUUCGAGUUUGCUGUUUCUGCUCGACGCUGGAUUGAGUUUGUUCGAAUAUACUAUAUCAUCAUAGUCUUCAAACCGAAUCACCAUGCGAAGCUUCUUCCGCAAAGUCAGGGACGAAUCGCAAAAGGUCCUCCGGGGGGACCAAGGUGCCAACGACAGGUCUUUAGACACCCCUGAACAUCUCCCACGAUCAAGGGAGCAUGAAAGUGGGAUGCAAAGUAAUGAAGGCCGUCCCGCCGGCAGUCCGCACGGGCGCCAUCAGCAUCCGUCUUACCGUCUCGAUCUUGAUGUCGAUAAUACUAAACCCGAGGGCGAAUCCCCCCUCCAUGUCCGCAAUGUCGAAAGACUCGGCUUCCAGGUCGCCAAUAAUAGCGCCAGUCACCGCGAUCUCGGCUUCACUGGGAAAAUUGCUGGAAAAUGGUAUGCCGUUUUCGGCGACACCAUGUGGUGUGCGCCUGGGGUCACCAACUUCCUUGAGGAUACUCCUGGUUUCCAUGGCAUGGUCCGAGAUUCAGUCUCUCUAUUGACGGAUGACCCUUUGACCGUGGUGGAUCUGAACCUGAACGAUGAUUAUCCUGUCCCGCAUCAAAAACAGCUGAUCCCUUUCAACGAGGCAUGGGGUGAAACGAACCAAUGCGGUUUCGGUGGCACCAGUUUUUGCGAGACUGAUGCCGAGACCGCGACCGCUGCGCUUUACUACCUUGUGAAUGUCAACGAAACCGGCGGCCUUCUAGGUGCUGGUGUCGCCAAGGUUGAGGUCAUCAAUGACACUCCCACGGUCACCCAGCGCUUCGGCAACAGGGGGUUCUGGUGGGAUGCAAACACCACCGCCAAAUACGGCGACCAAUGUGCCUACCGCGAUGAGCGCUCUGAGUACAUAUACAUCUGGGGCGGCCCCCCGAACUCGAUUACUGGAUGGCCUCACUCCAGUUACGCCUACCUUGCCAGGGUAAAGGUCCAGGACGCGUUCGAUCUGGACAAGUACGAGUAUUUCUGGGGUCGUCAGCAGGGCUGGAAGUCGGAGGUUCUUACGAAGUUUGAUGCUGAGACGGCGGUCUGGUGGGCGGUCGGUCAAGGUCAGGUUGCGUGGAAUGAGUACUACCAGUGUUAUGUGCUGGUUCAUUUGUCUGCUUUUGGCGAUGGUUCUGUGUACUUGCGAACAGCCCAGUCUCUGGAAGGACCAUGGACCCCGGAUGUCCAGGUAUACAAGAGCGAACCUAUCGACGGCGGAUUAGUCUAUGCCGGUGUUCAACACCCCUACCUGGAUCCAACUGGACCGACAUUGGUCUUGUCAUUUACGAACAACAACCACAUUGAGGUCAUCAAGGUGACUUUUGCUUAGACGCAUAUUUCUCUUCUCACCUAAUUUACUUAUUUCAGGAAAUUAUAUCCAGUUCUUACCUCAUCGCAACCGGAAACCACUAGUGUCAACAGC